UAAAUCAAUUCUUGCAUUGUUGUAGUUGCAGAUAUCUGUCAUAGAAUAAGAGAGGUUCACUUUGGCUGUUCAAGAUGAUACCAUGAUUGUUAGAUUCAGAAUCAAAACUAAAUUUAGGAGCUACUUUGUAAUUGCUCAGAAUGUGUACACCCUUAGCCAUAGUUGAUGCAUUCGGUGCAAUUUCGAAAAUCACUGGGAUGCAUGGUUUGGCAUCUGAUUUACUCCUGAGCUGAAAUCACCAGACAUCAGGUCAUGACGAAACAAGAUGCCAACAGGAUUAAUUCCUACAACUAGCAAAGUUAUGCUAAUAGCAUCAACUAUGAUGGAAUUACAUGAAAGUGAAAGGAAUUUGAAUAUACUCUUCUUUCUCUUGGCAGAUUUCUCUGUUUGAUGUAUGCUAACGAAAUUUAGCAAACAUUUAUUGUUUUUCAGGCUUGCCCACUAAACCUCACAUUUCUUGCCACUUGCAUAUAUAGGAUGCAGCAAUGGUAAUCCUACUAUGGAUCUUUUGUUACAUUCAUGCGAGAUGAGGAAUUUGUUGGUAACUAGAAAAGGAAGAAACGUGUAUUACACUAUUAUCAUAGAAAUAUUGUUACUCCAUUAAACUGUCUGUUGUACAAUAUUUCCCGUAUGGGAUGAAUUGCAUGACUUUUCAGAUGCUAACAUUAUUUUUCUGACGAACCAAUGCUAACGUUAUGAUACCUGCUGCAUAGGUUUUAGUUCAUAUGUAAUAUUAUUACUCCAUGUUCUUGUGAAUUGUCCAGUUUACUGGUUUUCCGUCAAUCAUGGCGAAUUGCAUGACCUUUCAGAUGCUAACGUUAUGAUACCUGCUGCAUAGGUUCUAGUUCAUAUGUAAAAUUACAUUUUUAUCCAGUCUCAGUAUAUAUGGUGGGAUGCUACAACAAUGCACUGCAUCCUUUCUGUUAGUAACCCCACUGUAUUGUUUAUCUUAGUAAAUGUGUUAGUGUGUUAAUUUCGGUGAGAUUUGGGUAUUCCAAAGUCCUCUACAAAACAUGCUCUGAAAUUUUUAUGGUGGCAUCUCUGAACAUGUGAGUGGACGUUACCUGAGUCUGGAAUUUCGUACUACAUGCGUACUACUCUCAUAAGCAGCAGUGGACCUUGUCUGACGUAUUCAAGCAAUUUUGCUUAUUACUGAGUGUAUACUUCUGGUCUUUUGCUGCUCAGCAUUCUUCUAUGGUUUCAGAUGCUUCUCAAGUGGAUUGAAAUUCUUUAUUAUGCUAGUAACUUGAAGUUAUUUGCUAUCAGUAUAGCAAUAUCAUAAGUAUCAUCUAGUCUUGGCCAGUAAAUGGGACUUGUCACAUAACAUAUCUUUUCUUUAAAGUACCGUGUUUUGGAACCAUCGGUAAGAAAAAGUAUUUCAUAAUCAUGUGAAACACAUCAUUAUAUGUGCAUCAUUUUAUAUAUUUUUAUGGUUAUAUAUGGGAAGCUUUAUAUCUUUUCUGGGUUCCAAUGGCAAAAAAUAGACAUGCACUUAUAUAUUCCUUUCAUCAUGUUUUGCUACAUCCAGCAAGGGAUGAUGUACCUGACCAAAUUGGAGAAAGGUGAUGUUUUGAGGCAGCAGCUCUGCGAAUUACUCAAGUCUCAAACAGUGCCAUCAACAAAAUAGUGGAAAUCCAUUGCAAUUUGGAGUGUUCUGUGCCUGGACAGCAGGGAGUGGAACCAACUCAGGUACAUGUGGGAUGUGGCUGAUUUGCGAGUUCUUCUUUUCUAGCUGUCAGCAUUUACACUUAAGCUCUAUAUUCUUAGCUGUGAAAACAGUUCUUUAACAUUUUGAUGCCAUUUAGGUUGAGCAAGUUCAAUAAAAAUGGAACGUCGUCAGGAAUAUAUUAGCUGGAGAUAUUGUAUUAUUGACUUGCCUGUUUUUCUUGCAUUUUAGUGCUUGGCUGCGAGGGAGCAUCUUAAUGUUACCGACAUUCUAUCAGACACUAGUGACAAUGGUAGCAAUAAGCCAAUAACUAUUCCUUACAACCAGAUUCAAGUUCGCUAAACUUAAUCUGUGAGAACUGGCAAAUGCCUUCGGACAAACAAUUGCCUAACUUGCAGAAUCUCUCCCCUUGAACCAUCAUAAUAUUACCUGACAGUGAGGCACUUCUAGUGACACUGGUUAAUGGUAGCAGAGACUAUUCUUUAAAACCAGAUUCAAGUUCAUUGAGUUUACUAUGAGGAUUGGCAAAAAUACCUUGCCUAACUUUCCUAACUUUCAGCAUCUCUCCUCUCUCUAGACAGGAGCAUUGGUAGUGAGGAAAAAGUGGGAUCUGCUUUGUCAAAGCAUUAGUUGUAUUACAAAAACCAGUCAUUUGAUGCCGAUUAAUCAAGCACCAUAUCAUUAUCAAUUUCUCAUACUAGUAUCUAUUUGGUUGUAGAUAUCCAGAAAAUUGCGCAAUGUAGAACAUCUGGUAGGCAAUAUCUAAAAGUGGAAUGUCAUGUUACCAUUGAUGGGUAGAAGAUAUUGUUCUCUUGGGACCAGGUGUCUUGAGAAAACACAAAAGAUCAGCAAUCUCUAUAUCUGACUCGUUUCAAUUUUGGCAGUUCAUAGGAGUUGUAUAUAGUAUGUAACUGUUAUUUAGAUCAUCUUGGUGCUUCAUGCACAUGUAAUUCUUAUUUAGAUCAUGCUUGGUGCUUCAUGCAUAUUUUUCGUGUUCAAUUGUAUGUAAAAGUACCUCACUUCCUUCCAUGGUACCUCUUGUUUUCUGUCCCUACGAAUACAAUUAAUCUAUCCAGGUGGGUUUACUUCUGUUAUUAUAUGCAAAUGUGAAUAAGUCAUACAAGGUCAUGCCAUAUGGUCCUUCGUUGUAUUGUCUUGCCAAUACACUGGAUUACCUCUUUUGUACUAAUUGUUCAUAUUGAAUUUAUCUAUUCCUUUGCCUGUUAUUACAGCAUCGUCCCCCUUGUCUUGUACAUAUUUUUAGUUACGGUAGUUUCUUUACUCAUGCAGGUCAUUUAUCACUCCAUCUGAUUUCGUUGUUAUUCCUCCAUUGACAGUGAUCGUGCUCAAUUAUUCUGGAUUAUGCAUAUAUUGUUUUUGGCCGCACGCAAAUAUGUGUGGUGUAUAUAUGUUUACAUGCGUACUCUUGUUUCUCUCGCGGCAUCUACUUUGCCCCUCUCCAAUCUUAAACCUCUCGGGGUACGCGAUCAUUGUUGGUUCACAUGCAUCUGAUUUCUUUAUAAUUUGAUGUACUAUUAUUGAUGGCACUUGUUCCAUCAGACCCGACACUGACUGGCCUCUUGUUUUAUCUGAUAAUGCAUCAUAAGCAGGCUGUGGGGUACUCCGUUCCUAAAUACUUGUCGUGGUCCACGACAAGUAUUUAGGAACGGAUGGUGAGAACGGAGAAAGUAUUUAGGAACGGAUGGUAAGAACGGAGGGUGUAUGUUUUAGCACUGCUAAUACAUAGUGUUUUUCUUGUAUAUUUGAUCUAUUGUAUUGUUAACUAUGGGUAAUGGCUAUUUUGGAUGCGCCUUUCAUGUUUGUCGCGAAAGGAUGCCACGAAUUUUGUGCGCACAAUAGCACCCUUUCCAUGAUAACACGGAUGCUCGUACAGGGCACUAAUGGCUUAUUAGUGAAUGUAUCAUCAUCUGAUCGCAGCAUCUGCUCCGACAUCUCUGCCAUUAAUCUACGAUGAUGAUCUGGUGAUUAGAUCUUUCCUCAUGACUAAACUAUUUUCUCUUCUCUUCUGUUUCAGCUGCUCCAGAUCUUGCGCGUCGCAUGUCCACUGACCAGCAAGCAGGGGCAAGCUUCUCCCAUGUGCCUGGUGCCGUGCCGGUGGCUCCUACAACUCUGUGCUAUUCUGCUGAUGACGACGACGGCCCUGAUGGACGGACGUCUCAGUGCAAUAAAGCUUCGGGAGUCAUUCAUGGCGCCAUUUCCAGUUCUUGUAUCCGAGCCACCGGGUGGCCAACGCGGUGCGGACGUCCGCUUGCUUCUCCUGGCAAUCCGUGGUGGGUGCCUUUCCAAUUGCGUUUUCUAUUAAUGCAUCAGCUGUUGAUGAAUUGUGAGCCAGCUAUAAUAGGAUGGUCUCUGUACGCUGCACCGGUCCAGCUUGCGAUGCUGAAAAGGGUACGCCUUGUUGCUUACUUUCUAAGCUGUACAGGAGUUUGUUGAUGAUUUGUUUACAUAUCUAUUUUUCUAGUUACCAAUACUAUCAAUUAGGCGAUACGAAAAUGCUGAAAGCGCUACCAAAGAGUACGCAAGAUUGCUUGAUGCGCGUUUCUAAAAGAAUUUCAUGUCCAAGUUGAGUUAUGUUGACAAAGCUCUGAUCUAUAUCUAACUACUGUCCUCAUCCGGCCACUGCCUACUCUUACCUAGGUUCGUUUAGUAGGUUUGAUUGAAUAGUCGGUUCCAUCUGACUCAAGUUCUUGCUGUUAUCUACAGCGCACACUGUUCAGAAGAUAGAGAAGGCACAACAAGCUCGGUUGAACUCUGUUAGCGAGUCUACUCAAUAGAUGCAACCAGAAGCUGGUCAUGCAAUGUACUCAACAGAGAUACGAUACUACUAAAGUUACAUCAGUCAACCUUUGAGAGAUGAUGGCAGUGGCGACUUAUCGAGAGAACAAUUUAAGAAACGGCGGGGCUUUGCAACAACCACCGUCCUCCUGUCCUCUCCUCGGUAGGUGAGAGUUUUUAAGCACUCUCUCCCUCCCAGCUGUUCCUUCGUCCCAUUCUCCUUCCUUUCCAGUCCCCUCCAUAAAAAGCACAGCACAUUCCAACUGACACCUUGCUCCCUCCCGUUCCGUUCCGUUCCGUUCCGUUCCGUCUGCCUCACAGCUGUUGCCCUGUACGUCUUCCUUUCUGUUGUGUGCUCCCCUUUAUUUAGGACUCUGUCAGUUCCUGGCUUCUGAAGCCCCAAUCAUAAGAACAAUCCUGCCCUGCCCUGCCCUGCGCAUCCGCGUCCGUCGCUCCUGCUUGAUUGCUGCUUCUUCUCUCUUCUGUCCUCUUGCGAUCAAAGGGGAAGAGCGAAGGAACGAGGAAGGGAUUCGACGGAGAAGGAUAAGGAAGAGAUCAGCCAAGACCAGCUCGCCGUCCUCUCCGAUCAGUUCUUCAUCAAGCAGCAUCAACAACGAUGGCCGGGAAAGCGGUGGUGCCCAAGUUCGGGUCGUGGGACGCGGAGAACAUCGGCUACACCGUCUUCUUCGAGAAGGUGCGGGAGAACAAGACGGCGCCCGUGCCAGCAGCGGCGGCGGCACCCAAGGCGGCCGCGGGGGACGACUACGAGUUCGACCCCUACGAGCACUACGAGACCCUGAGCAGCCGGACCGCGCCUUCACGCCCCGCCAGCUCGCACGGCCACGGCCCUGCCCCGGCGCCGCCGCCGCACCGGCACUACUACCCCGCCGCUCAGCCGCCGCCGCAUCACGGCGGGCCGUACCACCGCCGGACCGGGAGCAAUGGCAGCAGCGUGGCGGCGUCCGAGUCCGCCAGCAGCCGCGGCGGCAGCAAGUUCUCCCCGCCCAGGCCCUACCAGACACGCUACGGCAACAACCACCAGGCCCAGGCCCAGGCCCGGCACCAGUACCCAGCCCAGCACGCCGCACCGAGGGUCCCCGCCGCUGGGCCCUCGCCGCCGCGCUACGCGCCGCCGGCCCCGGCGAAUGAGCGGCGCCACGGGCAAGGCGCGCAGCAGGGUCGUGCCAACAACAACAACAAGGCGCCGUCGGCGGUGCCCAAGUUCGGGGUGUGGGACGACGAGAAGAACGCGGCGGCGGGCGCGCAGGGGUACACGGUGCAGUUCGAGAAAGUGAAGCGGCACCGGGCGGAGGUCGCCACGAAGGCCGCCGCGGUGCCGGACGUUUUGCCGCGGCGGUUCUCGCCGGAGCGGCCAGCGGCGUCGCACCGGCAGCAGCACCACCCUCGGAGGAAGGCCAAGACGUCCUUCCUGUCAAAGGUUUACGGGUGUCUGUUCCCGGUGGUCAGACACUGAUGCAGCGGCUGUUCCUGGAUCUGAGCCCGGCCUUAAUUUCUGCUACUUUGAUCGUAUUCCUAUUUUUCCGAUGGGAACUGUGUACUGUACAGUACUAUUUCAUUUGUUCAUUCGUUGUUCACCGUAUACUACCCGUGUUUAUCAAUCACGGGCGACAUAUUUGGCGUAUCUCAGUGUUUUUUUACCUAUGCAGCAGAGUACAUUUUGA